AUGGAUAAAGGGCUGAAGAGGAAGACAGUGUUUCAGCUAGACACUCCAUUUUCGAAUGCAUCAUGGCCUCAUAUAACGCCAGACGACCAAGAUACCAUCUUGGAACUGCUUUGCGCUCUGCUUUCGCCUCUUGGUCACUAUCGAUCACAGCACAUUCAUGCGUCGAAGGGCAAUCGUGCCAAGAAGAGGAAACGAAAGGAGCAGUCUAGCCAGGAGACAGCGCCACCGGUUCCCCCAGUCCCUGAGCUUCACUCUUACGUUGACAUCGGCUUGCCAUGCGUCUCACGCUAUCUUCAGAGGACCGCGUCAGAUGCCUUAGAAACUACCGUUUCGCGAGAUGAUCGAAAACCAGAGCAGACAUCUCCAAGUCGUUUUUACUCAGCCAUUUUUGUUGCGAGAUCUGGCCAACCAAAUGCGCUAAGCAGCCAUCUUCCCCAGAUGGUGACAAUGGCUUCUAGGUCCUAUCCAUCACAACCGGCCAUUCGAUUAGUUGAGCUUCCCAGGGGUUGCGAGGGCCGACUGUGUGAGUCACUAGGUAUCCCUCGCGUUUCCUGCGUAGGUAUUUGUGUCGGGGCCCCAAACUCUAAUGCCUUGCUUGAUUUCACCCAGGAGCAUGUUGCGAUCAUCAAGGCACCGUGGUUUGAAGAGGCUCGCGAGGGUAAAUAUCGAGCUACGAAGAUAAAUUCCAUUGAGACUGUCAUAGGUGUCAGCAAGAAAUCGAGAAAGAGCACUCAAUGA